CUCUCCCCCCGCCCCUCUCACCUGCGCCCUGCUAACCCUAUGCACAUCCCUAACCUAUGCUCCUAGUCCUAAGCACUCUACUUCCCUUCUACUGCUACUUCGUGAUGACUCUGCUGCUGCCGAGCUAAAUAAGGCGGUGGGAAUCAACGUGAAGUCGCGAUGUGGGACUAAAAAGACUCAUCAGGUGGCCGGAGUUCUGUCUUACCCGACUGGCCGCCGUCCUCCCGCUCCACCCACCCCCUUCCGGCCAUCGCUGCUGCACCUCGCGGGAAGAAAAGAAGGGGCAGACGCUGACGCCUCGCCUCCAUCUUCCUCCCCAUCUCAGGCGGCCGUCGGCGCAAAGCUCCGGCCACCGCCUGCCCGACCGCUCGCGCCGACGCCGGUGCAUCGAAGCAAUCCUCCCCUCCGCGCCCUCGAAUCAGACGAGAGAUCGGGAGGGGGAAAACUAGAUUACACGGCGGAGCACUCCGGCGAGAGUGAUUUGGGGGAGGAGUUGGACGGAGAUCGCGAUGAGAUUCUUUUUUUAAACCAAGAAGAAUCGCGAUGAACUGGGACUGAUAAAAGAGAGAGCACGAGCAGUGGGCCUCGGUCGGGACUGUGAGUCUAUAUGGGCCGAAAGGAAGCCCAAGUCGGGACAGUAAAGGGACUAUACGGGCCCCGACCCGAUCUCGGAAAAAAAAAACCAGGCCCCGACACGACCCUCUCUCGCGAUCCCGGCGCAACGGCCCGGAGGAUACGGCGGCGGCGUGCUCCCCCUCUCUCCCUCCUUGUCGGCGCGAGCUCGGAUACGACCCAGAGGUGGACUGGGAAGCCGCCGGAGAGACGAACUCAAUCCUCCAUUGAAGACCGGCUGGCUGCUGCCUUCUACCUACCCCCCUCCCCAGCAGCAGAUCCUCGGCGCGACCCUCUUAUUCCAUCCCGGCGCGAGCUCGAAGGGGAUCUCGAGGUGCAGCGGUGCGAGCACGGCGGCGCCCGCAGCGACCCCCAUCACCGGCGUCCGCUCCUCCCAAAAAUUAUCUUGCCACGAAGGAAGAAACCUGCUCCUCUGCUCGAACUCCCAACUCGGAGAUCUCGGGCGGCGCCGGAGAGAUGGGGGCGGAAGUCGACGCACUGUACGAGAUCGGCCGCCACGCGACUGGAUCCCACGAAAUCCCUUGUGAAAGAGACGAAACCGCUCGAGCGAGCGGCGGCAGUUCAGGUGAAGGAGGAGGCGUCCUCUCGUAUCUCUCCUUCCAAGCUUCCACGUGCUACUACCUUCUUGGAAGGCGUAAGUAAGCUCAGGGAGAGGUGGAGCAGGUACAACACUCUUGGGGGGAGUAAGCGGAGGAAGAGGGAAAAUGCAGCAUCCUUGUUCGUCUCGCGGAAUGCGGAGUAUGUUGCUGUAGCUGUUGGGAACCGCAUUUAUAUCUUGAGAAAGAGCGAUGGCUAUGAAUCACCCUGCGGCAUAUAUACAAAAGUUAUUGCCUCCCAGUAUAAUCUAGAUAAGGAUGACGUGCUUAAAGCAUGCUGGUUGCACUCUGCUGGAGAUAUUCAUGAUAUACAGUCAUACUUGACUGUUACAAGUUUUCGGAGCCGGAUAAUAGCGGUGAUGGCUCAGCAUGGGACAGUCGUAUCAUCAGGCUUCGUUUAUUGUGGUACAACGACUUGCUGGAGACAUUCUUGGGAAUUAUUAUGGGAAGGUAGGUACAAAGCAAACUGAAUGUCAGCAAGUUGAUUGGCUUCCCUUCAAAGGAACAUUGACACCAAACCAUCUCAGGCCAUCACCGCUACCAAAACGAGUAAAUAUGCCAUCGCCCCCAUGCUGUGAGCAAGCUACUCCAAAACAGGUCUGCAGGAGUACGCAAACCACACACUGAUGAAGUACCAAAGCAUAGUAAUAUAACAAUCACGAAGAUCAGAUCAAAAACUGCAUUUGUACUGACUUGUGUUUCUCAAUCCAAACUACCAGUCAGAAGAGAAGCUUGGGAUACUGUUACGGGAGCAGAAUGCCCGUGGCCUAGCCAACAUAUCAGAGAUGCGCAUAUCGUUACAGUCAUCAAUGUUGACUUCCACGGACAAGCUCAUGCAAUGUUUAGCUGAAAACUGCACAUAUUGCGAGAUUUAUGGACUGUGGUCGAUAACAAGUUUAUAGGAAACAAUCCAUUGUCAUUGCUGUUGAUUGGCUACAAAACAUUGUACCAGCAAUUCUUCUGUAACACAUCACACGGCAGUAUUUCAGUAGAAAAUAUAUCGGCAUACACAAAGAAAGGUACAAUCCUA